AAGAUAGAAACGUAUUUACCCUUACUAUAUGAAGUGAUAUUACAACGUAAUUACGUAUUCAUUUAAGUAUAAUAUGACAAUUGACACAAGUCCCAUAGUCCGUUCGUUGAAUGUUUCGCAAUACAGCCCAUAUUAGGCAUUUAUGUUUUUUUGAGCUAGAUUAAUUUUUAACUGUUUAGUUUCAUCAUUCACUUAACUAAUAUUUAUUAUACGUUAUAACUACUAAAUGAAGAAUAUUUAAUUAAAAGUUUUAGAUUACGACCUAGGCCAAAUGGAUAAUUUAGCUGAAAAUAGUGCAAAAAAGGGGGGUACUGAUCUUGAAACUCUAGAUUAUCUCCGCGGUGUGAAAUCUUCAACGUGUCUACUUCUUCCCAUGACUCCGAGCCCUACCCAGUUAGAUUUUAAACAUCCACUCUCCGAAGAAAUGACUGAAGGUGCUUUUUUGACGCUGAAUGAUGAUUCAAAAAUAGUUGAUCUUCAAUGCUCUCCUGAUCCUUGUAGUGGAGAUUCAAGUUCAUCGGCAGAUUCUAACUCGGUAGUCCAAGAUCCUGUCAGUGCUCAACUUAUCAAUAACAUAAGCAUGUUGGACUAUCAGACUUUGAGUAAAAAUGGCGACAUAAUUGGACAGCCUGAAAUCUGUAAACUUAACGGAAGCUUAAAUGUGAGCAAUAGGAAACUACCACAUUUUGUUAACUGGAAUUGGUGCAUUAUAAGGAAGGUUCUACUAUGGUUUGUUGUUUCCGGACUUGUUGCAUGCACUGGUACUAUUAUAGCUAUGGUUAUCAAUAUACCAAAAGAAUGUAACCCAGAUCUACCGUGGUAUCAAGGUAAGGUAUUUUAUGAAAUAUUCCCUGCCAGUUUCAAGGACUCAAACAAUGAUGGCAUGGGUGACUUGAAGGGACUUAUCAAGAAGUUGGAUUACAUAAAAGAUUUAGGCGGCUCAUCAAUCCGUUUGAAUUAUAUAUUUGAGGCGCAAAAUUAUCCUGAAAAUUAUUAUAACACUACAUCCCUCCUACAAAUUGACCGCAGUUUAGGAGUUCUGAAGGACUUUCAAGAGCUGGUGACUGAGGCCCAUAAAAGAAACAUGGGAGUUAUCUUGGAUAUACCGGUUUUGAGCAUGGCUGAAACUCUUAAUAAGUAUGAUGAAAAUGAUACCUUUGUAUUUUCAAUAGACCCUCAAGAAAGUAAUUUUGACGCAACGUCUGCAGCGAUUGCCUAUUGGUCUCGUGCACAAAAUGUCGACGGAUUUUAUUUGAAGAAUCUGGAGAAAUUUGUUGAUGAUGUUAAUUUCGGAAAAUCGCUUCAGGUUUGGAAACAAAUAUUGGGUUACGGGAAAAUAUUUAUAGCCAGUGAAGAAGCGUUAAAUAUGGCAAAAGAUACAAGUCUAACAGUGCUUUUGAGUAGGAUUGACCUUAUUGAUGUUCAUUUGGAUUUACAAAAAGGUAUUGAUGGCCUUAAGAAACAUAUUGAAGGCUUAGUACCCGGUAUCCUAUGGGACAAGCCUCAUUAUCCUUGGAUUCAAUGGAACAUUGGAAAUGUUAAUAGUGAAAGGAUAUCUAGUAAACACCAAAAUAACACAUUAGUUUUAACUGCACUUGAGUUGGUUCUUCCGGGCACUGUCAGUAUUUUUUACGGUGAUGAAGUAAGCCUUGGAGGUCUUUCAGAAAAUGAAAUGGAAGGAGAUUUUCAUGAACAUGAGCACAUUCACAACUUGAUACCGAUGUCUUUCAACGGCGAAGACAAAGUUGAUAAUAACAGUCCCGCGUCUAUCUUGCCUUGGAAUUCUAAAUCCGUAUUAGAACCGCAGUAUCAAAACUUGAACGUUGUAAGAUCUUUGAUACGUUUAAGAUCAACAACACCAACCAUAUACUUAAAAUCGAUUUACAAAGAGGGUAGGAUACAAAGAAGUAUGGAAAUACGUGAAACUGAAGGUAACCUCAUUGUCAUUGAGCGUUGGUUUCCACGCAGAAAUACAUGUGUAUUUGUAGGCAAUCUGGGUAACAAGCCGAUUACUACUGAUUUGUCGUCCAUGUUCUACGGUGGAAUUGUAAUAGGAAGCACAAAUAUGUCCUUAGUGGGUGAAGCUGUGUAUUUGGAAAAAGUCACGUUUGAGCCCUUUUCAGCUAUCAUAUUAAAAUUGGAGAAAUAGUCUUCCAUUAUGUAAUUAAGUCAAAGAUAGGAAAUACGUAAUUUUUAUUUCCUUAUAGUGUGUGUUAUGUUUUACAGUAUUCUAUAUUUUACGUCUUAUGAUCUGAUGCAACAGUUCCUAAUUCUAUAUAUAAAUAAGGAUCUAUACCAAAGCUAUAUUGAGUCCAAUAUUUAAAGGAAUUGUAAUUAUUCUCAUGUUAAAGAAAAUCGUGAAGAAAUAGACAACGUUUUAAAAUAGUUGUUAUUCGAUUCUCGAAAGGAAUUUAAUUUCAGAAAUAGUCUUUGUAUUUUGUGUUUUUAUAUAGUUUUUAAGGAAUUGAAAGUAUUAUUGUACUUGUUUCGUUUUUUAAUUCUAUUAUUAUUAUUAAAGAAUUUUUAUUUUA